CCUAGCAUAACUUAGAAGCGGGGGAGAGGGGGGUUUGUGGCGCCCGUGGGUAGAUGAGAUGGGUACGCGAAAAUAUUACUUUUCUUUUUGCCCGGAGAGUUUGUGACCGGAGAGUUUUUGCCCUGUAGAAAGUGCCACUUAGGACGUGAUGACGAAAGCAGAGGAGGAGAAAGAAAGGGGUAAAAUAAGCCCCCCCCGUUUUGACAGGUGAAGCGGGUUGACCGGGGCGAGUCCCGAAACUAAAUCCUCACCUCGGACUGCAGCGCGGGGGCAUUUGUAGGGCGUUGUCGAAAUGAUGAACAAGAAAUAAAAAAGGAACCAAAGAGAGGAAACUUGGAAAUCCGCUCGCUACCGGGAGGUCUGAGUCGACGACACAUGUUUGUUCCAGGCUCCCAAGUGUGGCGACAGGAGAAGCAUGGUUCAUAUCGAGUGCACUAUCUAUGAGGGAUCGCCACAUAUCCUCGGGUGACCCAGCUUGGGGGAAAGCAAUCUAUGCAGCGCAAGCUGUCGAUGGGAUACCAGACAGACAGACAACGACGCUCCCUCCUAUUCCCCCCCCUUCUCCCCCAGUUUUCACUCCCAACCAUAUUUCGACCACAAAAACGUGGUUUCGGCCACAAAAAACCACAGCCCACAUUCUCCCAUGAAGUGUACCCCCGCCCGCCAACGCCAGGCUCGGGAGAUCGACGACGCCACCCAGGGGGUGGCGCGUGGCCGGCCCAUGGGCUCGGCGGAAUGGCCCACUCAGCUAGGUGUGCGAGGUGUGUGGUUUGGUGUGGCGGGAAAACUCCCCGGUUGGCGCCGAUCCUGCCACCUGCCACGUCGGAGAGGGGGGGGGGGGGGGGGGCAGAGGAGGAGGAGGUGCUGCGGACGGCAAUGCCGAGUCGGAGACAUGCCGACCUGGGAGGGGCAGAUCAUGUUACCGUUGCGACGCUAAAAAUCUUCUGCAGCAUCGGCCCCCUUCUUAGCGUCGUAGUGGCAACGGAGGCUAGGAGGUGGAGGGGACGCCAUGCGGGUGUCUCCGCGCGGGAAAGGGGGGGAGCGGGGAAAAGGUACCAAGGGAAAGGUGCUAAGACUCGGGGGGAAGGGGGGAUUUUUGGAUUUGGUGUAAAAUCGCGUACUAGCGCUGAGCUGAUGUUGGGACGAGGUAUCACGACACUGAAUAGUUUGAUGCUGCGUUCCCAUCAACACGAAAAUUGAAGGGGGAAGAAAAAGGGGGCGGGAUCAAGGCGCAGGAUGGUAGCGUCAAUUAAUACUUUGCCAGUCAGUCGGAGGAAUAUCCAUCAGCCCCCUGAAAAUAACCCUGAGCUACUCGACC